UCUCUCUUCUUCACCUAUAAAUAACAUAUCUUUCCCUUCAAGAAACUCAAUUCCUCUCCUAUAUUAUUACCAAACACAAACAGAAACACACACAAAAAUACUACUACUUCAAACACUCCAAUUCUCUUUCAAUGGGUCGUAUUGGUACUAUGCAACUAGUUCUAUUCUUUAUUCUCUUUGUUUGCUUUUGUUCAUGUCUAGAAGGAAGAAAACUUCAUAUUGAUUCAAGCAAAGAAACCAAGAAAAUUGACCCAUCUACAAGGGACAAUUUGUUCUUGACUUCACUCCCUAAAGGCAAAGUUCCAUACUCUGCACCAAGCAAGAGAGGUAACUCUGUUGAAGUUGAUGAGAAGCUUGUUGCACGUCACCUCAUAAGCACUGAACCAGCUGAAGUUCGGAUUCUUCUUCGAUCUGUUCCUAGUCCUGGUGCUGGACAUUGAAUCAUUAAUAUUAUAGCUUCAAGCCUACAUAAUUUAUUUGUUAAUUAGUUCAUAUACGAUGACACAUUAUUUGAUUUGUUCAGUUUUUGUGAUAUUUUUCUUUGGAGAAGGAAUUAGUGAUUUUAAUGUAUGGUUAUAUACAUGGAUAGUUGAAUUGUAUAAAGAUAGUUAAAUGUCUCUAUUUCUCAUUAUUGAGAGAUAAUUUAAUUUAUGUAGUGAUGACAAAGUUUGUAUUUCCGCGUAACGUGACCAACUUCUGUUUUGGUCUGUAUAAUGUUACAAGGAUUUGGAUCCAAUGUUACGAAAAUGUCUUAAUUGAUAAUACAACUUUUUGUGUCUUUACGAA